AUGUCUCUCAAGCUCCACACUGCUGUCGCUCUCGCUCUCUCCCUCGUCGCCGGAAAGGCUGCUGCUGCUCCGUCGCUGCAGGAGUUGCGUGGCUGCUCGAACCAGCUGUUCACCCAGGGCAACCUUUACACCUUGAGCUCUGCUCGAACUAAUGAAGGGCUCGUCCAAUGUGAUUACCUCUAUCGUAACCCAGAGGACCAAACCACCGCAGAGGCCCACUGCUGGUACGAUAAAACUGGCAAUCUCGUUCGUCUCCCCGACACCCCUGUCCCGGGCAUUGACAGCGACGAGCGUUGCGCGACUAUUCUCGUCCCAGCUGGGUUCUACAGACUCAGAACCUCAGAGGACGGCAAGUGCGUCACCGCGAUGGGUGAGGGCAGUGGCGCCGUCGAGCUCCAAGAGUGUGCCACAGAUAUCUGGUCCAACGCGAAGCAGAUCUGGCACCCCCAGGGCUCGACUCUCCAGGUUGCUGGAACUGCUUUUGACUGCCUCGAAGUCCCCGAGAGCACCUCCGCGAAUGGCAUGAAUCUCAGGAUCGCGGCGUGCAAUGCUGCGAGCGCGAACCAGCAAUUCGAGCACUUGCCCGAGAAGUGGUUUGUUGCUAUUCCAAAUGAGAAGAUCACCUGGUUGGGAGACUCGAGCCAGUGCUUGGAUAUUCCCAAUGGGCAGGCUGCUGAUGGAACUCCUGUCCAGCUCAAGGAUUGCGAUGACAAUCGCGCUACUCAGACCUGGUACUUGCAACCUGUGUAA